UAAUUUCACUCUCUCAAACACACACUUCACGCACUCGUAAUCGAAGAAAACACACUGGGCUGACUUCAUUCUCUCCCUCUCUCUCUCCUUUUCCCAAUUUUCACCGAGAAUAAGCAGAUACUUUGUGUGCUUCUGGAUUUAUUGGAUGCGUAUGAAGCAUCCGUUGGAUCCGCGAGUGAUCGGUUGGAAUUUCGGUGUUUCUGCUGUUGGAUUGAAAUUCGUCGCUAUUCCAUCCUGGAUUCAAGCAGCUCCUACCUUGCUGUAAGGUAGCUUAUAAUGAUUUGUGGAAAAAUAUCUGAAGAAAAUUUCCAACGAGUUGGAGGCAUCUACGUAUAUUUAUCAGCCAAAUAUGGAAAGUGAUAGAACAGGAAGCAAUAAUAACCCUUCAGACGCUGCAAAAAAUGGUCUGCAACGAUCUCGGCCUUCACAUGGGAGAACGAGUGGCCCAACACGACGUUCGACGAAGGGACAAUGGACUGCAGAAGAGGAUGAGGUAUUGCGAAUGGCUGUUCAACGCUUCAAAGGGAAAAAUUGGAAAAAGAUAGCGGAGUGUUUCAAGGACCGAACAGAUGUUCAGUGCCUACAUAGGUGGCAGAAAGUUCUUAAUCCAGAGCUAGUUAAAGGUCCCUGGUCGAAAGAGGAGGAUGAAGUAAUAACUGAGUUGGUUAACAAAUAUGGUCCCAAAAAGUGGUCUACGAUCGCAAAUCAUCUUCCUGGGCGUAUAGGGAAGCAGUGUCGUGAAAGGUGGCACAAUCAUCUUAAUCCCAAUAUAAACAAGGAAGCUUGGACACAGGAUGAGGAAUUAACAUUGAUCCGCGCUCAUCAAAUUUAUGGAAACAAAUGGGCUGAGUUAACUAAGUUAUUGCCUGGGAGAACCGACAACUCUAUCAAAAACCAUUGGAAUAGUUCUGUCAAGAAGAAAUUGGACAUGUAUUUAGCUUCAGGGUUACUUUCACAAUUCCAAGAUCAACCUCUUGUGAUUCCUCCUAAUCAGUCAGAAGCUUCCUCCUCUUCAAAGGCACAACAAUGCAGUGAAGAAGACAAUAGUGUUGUUAGAGGCAGAACAGAAGCAGAGGAAGCUUCUGAAUGCAGUCAAGGUUCUAACAUUGCUAGUAUGUCUCGACCAAUUAGCAACACAGCUGUACAUCCCAUAGGGGACUGCAGAAUAACUGAAGAAUCAAAUUCAAGUCAGUAUUCUGAAGAUUAUCGUCCUGCAUUUCAAGAAGAAGCGUUUCCUAUACCAGAAGCACCUUGUGAACUGAGCGACAAGUUUCUUGAGCAUGAUUUCUCUCUAGAUUGGAGUUCCUUAGCGGGGAAAGAUUGGCAACUAAAUCCUAAUGAACUACCAGACAUGUCUUUACUAGAUGUGGGGCAAGAGUCACCUGGAAUGUUCGCCUUAACAUCUUCAAGUGGCCAGAAUACUAAUCAUGAAGAAGUAUCCUUUCAGCAAGAGUCUCAUAUGCCAUUAGGGAGUUUUACUUCCUUGGUAAACAUGGCUGUAGAUGCUGAUACCCCAAAUAUGAUCGCGACUUCAGAUUGCAGGAUGGUAUACACACAUCCCUCUGAAGUUUUGAACUACAUAGAUACAUUGCUCAAUCAUUCGUCAACGCUUCAGUUUCCUGAAAAUGAGUUGGUUGCUCCACAAUCUUGUUAUGCGCCUUCUGAUAUGCUGGGCGCUUCAUUUUCUCAGUCUGUCCCCUUCCCUAUGCAAGUUCCUGCAUCUGAUGGUCAGCACAUGUUUGAUACUGAUCCAAAUCAGUACAGUAGUUCACAUGCAGAUCAGGAACCAAAUCCACCAAGUACACAUGAUGAUUUUAUAUAUACCUCGGAGUCCAGUCACUUGCAAUGUGAAGAUAAUUCCGUUGAGGUAAAGGAAACACCGAAGCUAGUUUCAGCUAAUGAUUUUGGCUCAACAUCAUCAAAUGAUUCUCAGAGUUGUCCUCUAGUGGAAAAUGAUUCUGGAGCUUUAUUCUACGAGCCCCCACGUUUUCCAAGCUUGGAUAUACCAUUCUUCAGUUGUGAUCUCAUAAAAUCAGGUAGCGACAUGCAUCAAGAGUACAGCCCACUUGGCAUCCGCCAACUGAUGAUAUCUAACAUGACCCCAUUCAAACUGUGGGAUUCACCAUCUAGAGAUGAUAGCCCUGACGCAAUUCUCAAAAGUGCCGCCAAAACUUUUACAGGCACGCCAUCAAUAUUGAAGAAAAGACAUCGUGACUUGGUGUCUCCUUUGUCUGAAAAGAGAGGUGAAAAGAAGCUUGAAGGUCUUAGAAACCAAGAAGCAUUUUCAAAUAUGACCAAUGGUUUUCCCAGGUUAGAGUUUAUGUUUGAUGAAUGCAUAGACAAAAAAGGACAGCUGGUUUCACUAUCGCCAAACAGAAGAAACUUUGAAGUGUCUUGUAUGGAAAAAGAAAACGCAGCUUCUGCUUCUGAACUGGAGCCAAAUGACCGCAACGGCAGUGAUUGUUUGAACAGUAUGACUGCAAUGAUAGCUUCCACUGAUCUCAGAGCUAAGAAUUCAGAAAGGGACUCGACUGAAUCGGCAAAUGAGCCUUCUGGAGUCCUUCUUGAACACGAUGUGAAUGACCUGCUAUUCUUUUCUCCGGAGCGUUAUAUACUCAAGAAUGAUAGAACAGUUGGUAUAAGUGCUAGAACUCUCGCAAAACAGUCUUCACGAAGAUUAGAUGCUGAGUCUAAACAUGGCGCCAUUUUAACAUCCUCGGACGCAUGCUUUUCUUUCAUUUGUUCUCCUCGGCUGGGUUCAAAGGACAGGACCAAUUUGUUUAUAACUACAUCUCUGCAAUCCUUGAGUCCUUCAGCAAAGAAAGUCGAGAGUUCUGGCAAAGGUUUAGCCAGUGAAAACAAUAACAUAUUUGUUGAGUCAACACCGUAUAAGAGGAGCAUGGAUUCUCCUUCGGCUUGGAAGUCCCCUUGGUUUAUCAACGGCUUUGAUCCAGGCCCAAGAGUUGAUACAGAUAUAACUAUUGAGGACAUUGGCUAUUUCUUGAGCUCCCCGGGGGACGGAGGCUACGAUGCCAUAGGGUUAAUGAAGCAACUAGGGGAGCAGACAGCCGGUGCGUUUGCUGACGCCCAGAAGGUUCUUGGAGAUGAAACUCCGGAAACCAUAAUGAAGGGAAAAUGUGUCACAAACCUCAACCCAAGCGGUGCUUCAAGUUCCAUGACGGAGAGGCGUACGCUCGAUUUCAGCGAAUGCGGAACACCAGGAAAAGAAUCUGCGAGAUUUUCAAGCAGCACCAGUUUCUCAAGCCCAUCUUCCUAUCUGUUGAAGAGUUGCAGGUAGAAGAAGAGGCAAAGGCGUAUUCAUGCUUAGAAACAGAGCAAUCCUACUGUAAUAUAGAAGUGUCGUAUAAUUUAUGUUUUCAUUUUUUAUAUUCUUGGACACCAUAUAUAACAAAUGCCAUAUGUUAAUGUAAACUGUGAGAAUUUAUACACUAAUAUAAAUGAUCUGACUUUAUCCGUUUGA